UCCAAAAGAUCUGUGUUAUUCUUAUUAUAUUCACUAAAUUAGUUCCAGUUCUGUCAACGGCCGUCGGCUUGGGAUCCAGGCUUCUGCUUUGCUAUCUAACGAAGUGUCUCAGCGUGGCCGCAGCUAUGAGUCUUCUCCAACACUCCGUUGAUCGAGUUAGUUGUCAUCCUUUUACUUCAAUUUCUCGAGAACCCAGUCGACGGGCGGCCUCCAGUUCGAUAUCUGGUAAUGGCCUUCCGCCUCGCUUCUCCCAGCUCUCGGUCGGAAGACGAACUUCACAAGGUCCCCUUCAAUGGGUGUUUCCCAAAAGCGAGAUUCGAAGAAUAGUUCAACGGGGGAUCUCUAGGAACAGCGCUUCUGGCUCAUUCUUGCCUGAGAAUGAACUGCAGAGCCCAACCUUAUUGGAAUUCGUCACCUCCGAGAGGGUUAAGGUGGUAGCGAUGCUGGGGUUGGCUUUGGCGCUGUGCAAUGCCGAUCGGGUAGUGAUGUCUGUGGCGAUCGUUCCCCUCUCCAAAGCUCGUGGAUGGAGCCAGUCGUUUUCGGGGAUUGUUCAGUCAUCUUUCUUAUGGGGAUACAUGAUGUCACCAAUAAUUGGUGGGGCAUUUGUUGAUCAUUAUGGUGGUAAAGUUGUCAUGGCAUGGGGUGUGACUCUCUGGUCCCUAGCAACACUUCUCACGCCUUGGGCUGCAGAGACUUCUUUGUUGGCGUUACUCACCAUGAGAGUCCUUCUAGGAAUAGCAGAAGGAGUUGCUCUUCCCAGCAUGAACAACAUGGUUUCUAGAUGGUUUCCUCAAACUGAGCGAUCAAGAGCUGUUGGAAUUACAAUGGCUGGAUUUCAACUUGGCAGUGCCAUUGGGCUCUUAAUUUCCCCUAUAAUUAUGUCAAAGGCAGGGAUUUUUGGGCCUUUUGUGAUAUUUGGAUUAUUUGGGUUUCUCUGGGUGCUGGUAUGGCUUCCUGGAACGACAAGUACUCCUGACAAACAUCCUCAAAUAUCAAGAUAUGAGUUGGACUACAUCACUAAAGGUAAGAAGCCUCUGAUUCGCAUAGAAAGAGAUGAAAAGUCAAAAAUCAUGCCCCCUUUGGUGAAAUUGCUUUCUAGACUUCCAACAUGGACUUUAAUUUCCGCAAAUGCUAUGCACAGCUGGGGAUAUUUUGUCAUUCUCACAUGGAUGCCAAUCUACUUCAACACAGUUCAUCAUGUUGACCUUCGGCAAGCUGCAUGGUUUAGCGCACUCCCAUGGUUCAUGAUGGCUGUUCUAGGUUAUGCUGCUGGUGCUGUAUCAGACAUGCUGAUCAAGAAAGGUGUUAGCGUUACUUAUACACGCAAAAUCAUGCAGACAAUUGGUUUUGUUGGUCCUGCCAUUUGUCUUCUUGGCCUAAAUGCUGCCAAGAAUCCUUCUGUGGCGUCUGCUUGGCUUACUGCAGCUCUUGGAUUAAGCUCUUUUAGUCAUUCUGGCUUUCUAGUGAAUUUCCAGGAAGUUGCUCCAAGAUAUGCAGGUGUCCUUCAUGGAAUGUCUAAUACUGCUGGAACAUUGGCUGCCAUUCUGGGAACUGUUGGUGCGGGUUUCUUCGUUCAGAAGAUGGGUUCAUUUCGUGGAUUUAUUCUGCUUACUUCACUGUUAUACUUGUUCUGUGCUCUUUUCUGGGAUAUCUUCGCUACUGGAGAGCAAGUUGAAUUCGAUGCAGUAGCUUGAAGUGUUAUAGCUGUGUUAUUGAAUUCACUACGGUUCAUGUGAACUUACCCCUUUGAACACGGCAGGUAUUUUAAGCAACAUCUAUCAUAACUACGAUUUAAUUUGUGUUAUUAUUAGUAUUUACUGUGACAAAAAUGUCAAAAGUGCUUAGAGAACUUUUUUGAGAAUAGAGAGCACCUGAUUUGAAGUA